AUGGCUAACAAUACAAUCACAAUAUCCAGAGAGGAACUUGAAGAACUCAAGGAAGCAUUUGAUAAAGUUGAUGCUGACAACAGUGGAUAUGUCAAUGAUUACGAACUCCAAGAUUUGUUCAAGGAAGCCAACCUCCCACUUCCUGGCUACCGGGUGCGAGAGAUUAUUGAGAAAAUAUUUGCAGCCGCUGACAGCAAUAAAGAUGGGAAGAUAGAUUUUGAGGAGUUUGUCUUGUUAUACCAAGAUCUGAAAAGUAAAGAUGUGAGCAGAACAUUCCGAAAAUCAAUCAAUAAAAGACUGGGCAUAACGGCACUAGGAGGGACCUCUGCGAUUUCCAGCCAGGGAACACAGCAUUCCUAUUCAGAUGAAGAGAAAGUGGCCUUUGUCAACUGGAUAAAUAAAGCUUUAAAGGAUGACCCACAUGUUAAGCAUCUUCUGCCUAUGGAGCCUUCCAACAACAGCCUCUUCACCUCGCUGAGGGAUGGAAUUUUGCUGUGCAAAAUGAUAAAUUUGUCCCAGCCAGAUACAAUUGAUGAAAGAGCCAUCAACACUACAAAGUUAACACCAUUCACCAUUUCAGAAAAUAUUAACUUGGCUCUGAAUUCAGCCUCCGCCAUUGGUUGUACAGUAGUGAACAUCGGUGCACAGGAUUUACAAGAAGGAAAGCCGCACUUGGUCAUGGGCCUGUUAUGGCAGAUUAUUAAAGCUGGAUUGUUUGCUGACAUUGAGAUCUCCAAGAAUGAGGCAUUGAUUGCAUUGCUAAAAGAUGGAGAGACACUGGAAGAAUUAAUGAAACUGUCCCCUGAAGAGCUGCUGCUCCGCUGGGUGAAUUACCACCUGACUAAUGCUAACUGGCCAAACAUAAAUAACUUCAGCCGAGAUAUUAAGGAUUCUAAAGCUUAUUUCCACUUGUUGAGGGAGAUAGCCCCUAAGGACGGCUUCAUAGACUUCUCUGGUUUCAAUGAGCCUAAUGAUCUGAAAAGGGCUAAUUACAUGCUUAACCAAGCAGACAAACUGGGCUGCAGACAAUUUGUGACACCAUCAGAUGUCGUUUCUGGAAACCCUAAACUGAACUUGGCUUUUGUAGCAAAUCUGUUUAAUAUGUACCCAGCUCUGAACAAAGUCAACGGUUAUGAUUUCAUGAACCAAAUAGAAGGGGAAACCAAUGAGGAGAGGACAUUCCGCAACUGGAUGAAUUCACUUGGUGUGAACCCGUAUGUAAACCACAUGUACAGUGAUUUAAAUGAUUCUUUGGUGAUCUUCCAGCUGUACGAUCAAAUAAGAGUGCCAGUUGACUGGGAUCGUGUUAAUAAACCACCAUUUUCAGCUCUUGGUGGACAUAUGAGAAAGAUAGAGAAUUGUAAUUAUGCUGUAGAUUUGGGAAAGAACAAGGCAAGAUUCUCUUUAGUUGGAAUAUGUGGGAGUGACCUGCAUAGGGGGAACCACACACUCACACUGGCCCUUGUUUGGCAGCUAAUGAGGCGGUAUACAUUAAAUGUGCUAUCAGAUCUUGGAGAGGGUGCAAAGAUUGAUGACAGAACUAUUAUAAAGUGGGUAAAUGAAAAACUACGCAAUGCAAACAAGACCACAUUCAUCACCAGCUUCAAGGAUAAGGCCAUUAGCACAAGCCUGCCUGUGCUCGACUUACUUGAUGCCAUCGCUCCUAAAGCUGUCAAUCCAGAUAUGGUAAAAAGAGAAAAUCUUUCAGAUGCCGACAAAAUGGACAAUGCAAAGUAUGCCAUUUCCAUCGCCAGAAAGAUCGGAGCCCGAAUAUAUGCCCUGCCUGAUGACUUGGUAGAUGUAAAACCCAAGAUGGUGAUGACAGUAUUUGCUUGUCUCAUGGGAAAAGGACUAAACAAGUUAAAAUAA